AUGGUGCAUUGUUGGAGGAGCUCAGGUCAGGAGAAUUUCAUUGCCAUCUCUCCACUGAAGCUGCUGAGCAUCUGAUGAUAACACCUUUGGAGCUUUGAUCUUGAUGAUGAGGGAGCUUCCCUUCACGAAGACAGCCCACCUGUCCAACCCCUGGAACGAGCAGAAGCCCGUGAAGAUCGGACGAGACGGACAGGAGAUCCAACCAGAAGUCGGCGCUCAGCUCUGUGCUCUCUUCCCAUUGGACGAGAGCGUGGACGUGCACCAGGUCGCUCGUAGAGUUCGUCACAAGCGCCAGACGCCGUCGGAGCCGCGCCCGCGAGGUCGUCCGCCACAGCGCGAACCGGGAAGGUUAGCCAAUCACAGAGCUGCUCACAGAGCUCCUCCCCCUGCUUCCUGUUCUUCUUCUGCUGCUGCCACCACGGCGCCACCUGGACCACGGAGACGCCCGUUAGCCUCCGGCUAGCUAGCAUCGAGGCUAGUUAGCAUUGCGGCUAGCUGGUUGUUGUUGUUUUUCCAGUUGGAGUUUUCCACCGGAGUGACGCCUCUUAAAGAGUCAGGCAGGAAGUAGACCCUCAGUUGGGAGGUGAUGGUUAACAGCUAGCAGAGCACCAGGUUAAUCAAUAAUAAUAAUAAUAACAUUUUUCAAAGCGCUCUCCCGAGAGCUCAAAGACGCUUGAAAUGAAGUAGUAAGUAACGAGGUUUCACUUCCUGUUGUUAUAAUUACUCUUUCGUUACAGGAAGUUCAUUCAGGGUUUGGCUUUCAGCUGGACUGUGGCUGACCUUUCAGAAUAAAAGCAUAAAGGACGAGCGACCUUUCAGAAUAAAAGCAUAAAGGACGAGCGACCUUUCAGAAUAAAAGCGGGAGGGAGGGACCGACCCAGCGGACUGUUCUGGUUUUUGAGAGGUGGUGGUUGGUCACGCAGGGGGGGUGGCCUCUGGACUGCAACCAAUGAGAGGGAGGGGAGUGUGUGUGGGGGCGAGGCUUCCUCACUUUAUCCAAUAAGGUAAAAUUACAGGAAAAAAUGGACAGGAUUU